UAUAAUGCGAGUAUGUAACAAAGCAAACAUUUUUUUCACAACAGCCUGAAAAAUUCUGUUGAAUUACGCGAGUGAAUAGAAGAGUAUUCGAUCAAUAUCGCUGGUGAGAUAAAAUUAUUAGUCAAACUUAAAAAAAUACCCAUAAAAGUUGUAUACAAAAAGAAAGCCAACAUAUAGAAAAUCAAUGGAAUUAAUUAAAAAAACCAACUCUCAACUCCCACGCUAUUCGCUUUUAGUCACUAUGUAUGCUUCGUCGUGGCAUUGUUGUUGCAGAGCUUAAUCCUAUUGUUGUCGAACUCAUAUGUCAAUAUACUUUUAGCAUAGUGUUCCUAGGGCAAUUUGUUAAAUACAUUCUCGGUAACCACAGUAAGCCAAUAUGUCAUGCCUUUACUUAUGGUACCGGCAUUUUGGAGUGGUUUACGCUUCUAGCUGGCGUUGUUAUUGUUGCCAACGAUCGUGUCCAAGUUGCGUGCGCCUCACACAUAACUGUUGACAAAAGUGCCGCGCAGAAUUUUUUGGUUCAGACCAAAAAGUGCGUUCAACGUAAGCGGUUGCUUCAAGCGUCAUUAAAAGUUUAAUAAAUGAAAGGAACGGAAAUAAUUUGCAAGCGAAAAUCGUUAACUAAAGAGUGAAGGACUUCAUAGUAGCAAACAAAAUUGCAAAGUGGUUUUGAAUUUCAAAAUUGUUUUCUUGAAAAAAUAUCGAUAUCGAAAAAUUGUUACGUAAAAUAAAUGGAUUUUAAUAUUUGUGGAAAUAUUUACCGGAAAAUUCAGUUGAAAACUUUUGAGUUUCUGUUUUUUUUUUUUGAAAAUUGUUAGUUUAUUGAAGUCGCGUUUUUUUCAUUUAGACGUCGGUUUUAUUUUAACGUCUAUACUUUGGAAUUCUGCAAUCUAUGCAAGUUUUUGUGAUUGCCGAAAAAUGUGCAGAAAUUUAAGAACUUUACUUCUAUUCUGCUCGCUUUGGCAUGCAAUUUUAUGUGUUGAAUUAAAUACAACAGUCGCGCAAGUGAAAUUGUUACCUGCCGAUAUAAAGGAUCUGCAAAUCAAAGCGAAUGCGAGCGCGGCACAGCUGCUUUCAAUGGCCGUAGACGAUGGGGAGGAUACAGACAUAAUUGAGGCUCCCGAGGAAACCGCCGUUUUAGAAACCCACUCGCCACCGGAUCAAUCACGUCCUCGCCGGCAACUGUUCUACGACCCCUCCCUUUUAAUGCUCACCAAUUUCGGCGCAGAAGGCAGUAAAUGCAUAUCUUCCCGCGGUUACUCCGGCAUCUGUGUGCGCUUCACAGCCUGUCAGCCACUUUUUCGCUACAAUAGGCAAAUCAAUUUUUUCGCACUGCGUCAGUGGCCACAAGUGCCGAGCGUAGGACAGGAAAUAUGCAGCUUCUACGAUCAAUUUGGGCAUCCAAACACUGGUAUUUGCUGUACAAACACAUUUAUGGGCAAUGGCAUGGGAGGCGCUGGAAUGCUUCCACCUUUCAUCUAUCCCGGUGGCGUAAAUCCUUUACUUACACCACCGACUGUACCAACAGCGCCAACGCAAGAAAUCCCACAAGUAGGAGAGGAGGAGGAGUUGGAAGAGGAAAAAGAUGAAGAAGAUAUUAUAGAGCUAGAUCACCCAACGGAAAUCGAUCCGCUAGUUGAUCCACUACACGUGCCCUCAACUGGUGGUGGUAAGCCAGAGUUUCAGGCUGAAAAUAAUGUUGUUUACGAUCCCAUCAAGGAAGAUGGGGAGGAGAAACCUGAAAGCGCUACGCGGGCGCCAGCGACAACCUACAAUGAAUUUGCUUAUCAAUGGCCAGGCCAGUUUGGUAACCAAUUCUCAGGUGUACACCAAUGGCCACCACCAUUACCGACACAUCCGCCCACAACAGGUGUGUGGCCGCCACCAUUACCAACACAUCCACCCAAUCACCAUUACCCCACGCAUUCUUCGGUAACUACACGCCCGACGACGCAAGCAACCACACGUCGCACCACUACGAGGCUAACUACUACGACGCCACGACCGACCACCACUACAUCACGUCGUCCAAGUUAUCCCAGUUACCCCUCGUAUCCUGCAUACCCUGGAUAUCCCAGCUAUCCGACAUACCGGCCAACCGCAGCGCCAACAACAACACGUCGUCCAACUUCGCCCACAACGCCUAUUUCAAGUGGUGCCUCUAACAAUGGUUUACCCACGCAAUGUGGCAUUAAAAACCCUGCUGCGCCGGAUCAGGAGCGCAUUGUGGGCGGCACAAACGCGAGCCCAAAUGAGUUCCCUUGGAUUGCGGUGCUCUUCAAGUCGGGCAAACAAUUCUGCGGUGGAAGCGUGAUCACGAAAAAUCACAUCUUGACAGCGGCGCAUUGUGUGGCCAGAAUGACUUCGUGGGAUGUGGCAGCGCUCACCGCGCAUCUUGGUGAUUACGAUAUACGCACCAACUACGAGGUGCAACAUGUCGUGCGACGUAUUAAACGUUUGGUGCGACACAAAGGCUUUGACUUUAGCACGCUGCACAACGAUAUAGCCAUAUUGACUGUAAACGAACCUAUGAAAUUCACUUACGAAGUACAACCGAUUUGCUUGCCCAGUACGAGCAGUCAGCUUGGCCGCAGCUACAGCGGUAAGGUGGGGACUGUAGCGGGCUGGGGUAGUUUGCGCGAGAAUGGUCCUCAGCCGUCAAUUUUGCAGAAGGUACAGAUACCGAUUUGGGCAAAUCACGAUUGUGCGCGUAAAUACGGACGUGCGGCGCCGGGUGGAAUUAUCGAAUCGAUGGUGUGCGCCGGGCAGGCGUCUAAGGAUUCGUGCAGUGGCGACUCCGGCGGUCCAUUGAUCGUUAAUGAUGGCGGACGAUAUACGCAGGUGGGCAUUGUGUCCUGGGGUAUUGGCUGCGGCAAAGGCGAAUAUCCGGGCGUUUAUACGAGAAUAACUUCUUUGCUGCCAUGGAUUUACAAAAAUAUCAAAUAGUUUCAAAAUUUAUG